AUGAAGACUGCAACCAAGGCUCCCAAACCCCCAAUCAUCACAUCCAGCCCACGCAAGAAGUUGAAUUUCUCAGAUAAUCCAAGAAAGAUGAUCGGAAUCACCGACGCGGACACAAGAUCUGCAAUCAGCAAUGAUUCCUGGAAGUCCAACAAGAGUACAGAUGAUACAUGUGACAACAGCAGCGAUGGAAGAACCAAUAACCAGGUCUUUAUUCGUCUUGGCAGCGAAAGUACGCAACCAGAAACCGGCAAUAAAGCAGUCGUUGGUGAUGAUAGCAACCGGCAAGAUGUACAUGAGCAUCCAUCCCAGCUUGUUGGCAUGCAUGAGUUGGUCCUGAGUUGCGUGUUUGAUGUCGAGGUUGAUGUCUAUCUGCGUAGCAUACGCAAUAACACCAACAACCAACAACACCAAGACAAACACCGCUUGGAAACUGUCGGUGACAAACGACACCUGGAACCCUCCGAAGAAAGUAUAGAUGGUUGUCACAACACACUGCACCACCAUGGCCGGAGUAGCAUCAAGACCCGUAAGAGCCUCAAUCGCAUACUCAAUAGCCGUCAAUUCAGACAACAUAUAAAGGAACAUGGUGAAGACGGUGAAGGCCGACAGAUACAACGCAGUGACGGGACCAAAACGCUGAAACACCCACUCGAAAUACUCCAAUUUUAUUCGUCAUCAGACAAAAAGACAAUUGCAGAAGUAUCGCCAACUUCCUGGUCACUGUCCUCGGCAGGCUGGAAAGAAGAAAUAGGCUGUUCGUCUUCGGAAUCCGAAAACGCUGCUGAUUUCUUUGCUUUUGGCUUUUUGACAACUUUUUUCUCCUUCUUAGGUUUUGUCACCUUGGUAGCCAACAAAUCUUCGCUCUCGCUCUUGACUCUUUUUCCUCGCUUAGGCUUUUUCGAUUUCUUGUCAGAUUUGUGCUCGUUUUUCGGAGAUCCAUUUCUUCCCUUUUUGGCAGAUUUUGCCGGUUUGGUUUUCUUGGCGACUGGUUCUGCCUCAUCGGUGCCCGAAUCAGCACCCAAUUCGGCUAAAUGGCUUUCAGGGUCCUCUUUCAAAACAGGCUCUUCAAAAUCAACAGUCUCUGUAGGCUUUUCAGGCUCCGACCCUUCCUCGUCAGCUUCUCCUUCAUCCUCCUCCUCCUGCACGUCCUCUUCUUCGACUUGGCCUUCCCCGGCUUCUUCCUCCGCAGCUUCUUCCCUUCUGCCACCAGCCUUCUCCAAACAAUCUUCAACAUACUCCUUGAACCUGUUGUAUCCAUUUCUCGACGUUUGGUCUUUCAACGGCUUCUCCAACUUCCCUUCAACCUCCUCUAGAGCAUCCAGCAGUUGUGCUAAUUUGACAGCGUCGCAAUGCUCUGUAAAUGUCAGUUUUGGUAAAGAAGUCAUAAUAGCCUUGAAAAACGGCUUGGUGGCUCCUGAAUACUCGAGUCUGCCCAAUAAUGUAAGCAGUUGA